GGCCUCCCUAAAAAACGAUUCUGUGGUUCUCCGGUGGAUAAGCUCGUCGUGAAAGCCGUUAAAAUGCUCCACUGAAUUCCAACUUUAAUAGUUCAGAAAAGCAACAGAGGAGAAAGGAGACUGGAUUCCGAUGGCGGCAACUACACUCUCCGUCUCCUCAGCUUCGAUUUCUACUUCAAAAACGCCUUGCCUUCCCAGUUCCACCACCGUUGCUUAUUUCAAACCCAAUACCACAAGUUUAUCCACUUCCAUUGUGGGCAAACGGAUACGUUUGUAUCGAUCUUCGAGAACCAGGCCAAUCGGCGCUAAGAAUGCUUCUAUUGGGAUCAAUUGCCAGGCUUCUUCCUCUGUUCUUCCGUCUGCCCUUCUUUUCGAUUGCGAUGGGGUUCUCGUCGAUACUGAAAAGGAUGGCCAUCGGAUUUCCUUCAAUGAGACUUUUCAAGAGAAAGAAUUGGGCGUUACCUGGGAUGUAGAUUUGUAUGGUGAAUUACUCAAAAUUGGAGGUGGAAAAGAAAGGAUGACAGCGUACUUCAAUAAAGUUGGAUGGCCUGAAAAGGCUCCAAAGAGUGAAGAUGAAAGAAAGACAUUCAUAGCUGGACUUCACAAGCGAAAGACAGAUCUGUUCAUGGCUCUUAUUGAGAAGCAAUUGCUACCCCUUCGACCUGGUGUUGCAAAGUUAAUAGAUCAGGCAUUAGGAAACGGAGUGAAAGUAGCUGUUUGUAGCACUUCUAAUGAGAAGGCGGUCUCUGCGAUAGUAUCAUUUUUACUGGGACCUCAACGAGCUGAGCAGAUCAAGAUAUUUGCGGGAGACGUAGUGCCUCGAAAGAAGCCUGACCCAGCUAUCUAUAUUUUAGCAGCCAACACCCUGGGCGUCGAUCCUUCUAGUUGUGUUGUGGUGGAGGAUAGUGCCAUUGGCCUUGCUGCUGCCAAAUCGGCUGGAAUGAAGUGCAUAGUGACAAAGAGUGGGUACACGGCCGAGGAAGACUUUGUAAAUGCAGAUGCAGUGUUUGACUGCAUUGGAGAUCCCCCAGAAGAGCGUUUUGAUUUGGCAUUCUGUGGAAGCCUUCUUGAGAAGCAGUAUGUUAGCUAAGACCAUGGAAGCACCGAACCAGUUCAUAGUUUUCACUCGCUGAAGACUGAAAGCUGCGCUCUGAGUGUUUGUGGAGAGAUGCUAAUCGUUGCUUCUUGGCUUAGGUCUUCGUAUUAAUCUUAUGUAUGCCAAUUUGUUGAUAUAUCCUUGUUUUCCCCUCGUUAAUCAGGACAGAAGUGAUUUCAUUACAUUCGAAUUCUCGUGCUCAACAUGUUCCUGCUCUUCUGCUUUCUAUCCUCAGUAUACAUACAGUUCGUAUGAUCUUCAAUCCUCA